AAACAAGCGCUCGUCUCCGUGGUCCGAGAACUCCGGUCAGGAGACGGACAUCCGUCGAGUUGGUCAAAAGCCCGGUCCUCACCACCGCCGCACGUGCCCCGCACUCCCCACCGAUCCCCUCCUUCCUCGCUUUCCCCUGCGCCCAAGAAACGAUACAUGCGGAGCCGCCCCUCUGCAUAGAACCCGCCAUCGAUCUCCACCGGGGGGGACGGAGGGAUCGCCCCAUUCGGCGGCGCCGCCGGCGACCACGACGACGCGAUGGUGCCGCACCACGCCUACAACCGCCUCGGCAGCGGCGGGGGGACGCCGUCCCCACCAGCUUCUCCCCGUCGGUCGCCGAGGACCCACCGGCGGCCCUCCAAGUCCGCGUCCGGGAGGGCGCUCCAGGCCCCGCGGUCGCUCGUGCAGCGGAUGGCGUGGAUGCUCCUCUCGCUCCUCCUCCGGCGGCAGGCCAUCUUCCUGUUCGCGCCGCUCCUCUAUGUCGCCGGGAUGCUUUUCUAUAUGGGCACCGUAUCCCUCGAGGGCGUUCCCCGCAUCAUCUCCCGCCCCGCCUCCGGCUCCAUGUACCGCAGCCCCCAGCUGUACCAGCGCCUCCGCCCCGAUAUGAACGCCGAUAACUCCUCCGAUGUGUUAGCAACAGUAUGGAGACACCCUUAUAAAGGUGGUAUGUGGCGGCCAUGUAUAAAUAUGACCAUGAAUGAGUUGCCUGAUUCUAAUGGUUACAUAUAUGUCGAAGCAAAUGGUGGUUUAAAUCAACAACGGGCAUCGAUAUGCAAUGCAGUUGCAGUAGCUGGAUAUCUAAAUGCAACGCUUGUUAUCCCUAAUUUCCACUACCACAGCAUUUGGAGGGAUCCUAGCAAAUUUAAGGAUAUCUAUGACGAGGAGCACUUCAUCCAUACCCUGAAAAAUGAUGUAAGAGUAGUUGAUAAGGUGCCUGACUUCAUGAUGGAACGAUUUGGUCACAAUAUGAGUAAUGUGCAUAACUUCAAGAUCAAGGCUUGGUCUUCCAUACAAUAUUACAAGGAUGCUGUCCUGCCUAAGUUAAUUGAAGAAAAGUUUAUAAGGAUAUCUCCUUUUGCCAAUCGUUUAUCAUUUGAUGCCCCUUCUACGGUCCAACGCCUAAGAUGCUUGGCAAAUUUUGAAGCCUUACGCUUUUCAAAGCCUAUAGCAACUUUGGCUGAAAAGUUGAUUUCUCGAAUUAAGGAACGCAGCAUAGACAAUAAUGGUAGAUAUAUUGCAGUGCAUCUUCGCUUUGAAGAGGAUAUGGUUGCAUUCUCUUGUUGCAUAUUUGAUGGCGGUGAAGAGGAGAACCAGGACAUGAAUGCUGCAAGAGAAAGAGGUUGGAGAGGAAAAUUUACUAAACCCGGUCGUGUUAUACGACCUGGUGUAAUUAGGAUGAAUGGAAAAUGUCCUCUUACACCUUUGGAGGUUGGCUUGAUUCUCCAAGGCAUGGGUUUCAGUAAUAAUACAGCUAUAUAUUUGGCUUCAGGAAAGAUUUACAAGGCAGAAAAGACUAUGGCUCCACUUCUUGAAAUGUUUCCCCUUUUGCAAACUAAAGAGACAUUAGCGUCAGCUGAGGAGCUUGCUCCAUUUAAGAACUAUUCUUCUAGGAUGGCUGCUGUAGACUAUAGUGUUUGUCUUCAUAGCGAAGUGUUUUUGACAACUCAAGGUGGGAAUUUUCCUCACUUUUUGAUUGGUCAUAGAAGAUAUUUGUAUGGUGGACAUUCUAAGACUAUCAAGCCUGAUAAAAGGAAGUUGGCCUUGUUGUUUGACAAUCCAAAAGUUAGUUGGAAGGCCUUGAAGCGUCAAUUAUUAAACAUGCGAGCUCAUAGUGAUGCCAAGGGGAUAGAGAUUAAAAGACCAAAUGACUCGAUAUACACCUAUCCUUGCCCAGACUGCAUGUGCCGCUCGAACAAAUCGGAAGUUUUAAAAUCUCCACCAGCUCAAUAAUAUUAGUUAUGGAGAUUUUGUUAACAUUCCUUGGAAUUCACCUGAUUUUGGCAUUGGUGUGUGAUUCAUUCUUUUCCUUGGCAUUUGGCGGAGCGCUGUCUUUUUUGCAAGCUUGCAGGCUUCAGCAAAAAGCACAUUGUUACGAUUCCUUUUGGCUUGGGAUAUCGGUGUCCUCUUGUAUAUCUGGAAGAGAUGAUCAAUGAUAGGAUUCUUUUCAUCCAAAAGAGUUACCCUGGAUGCUGACAGAGUUUGGCUUGCAUCUGCAGCCUCUGUGUCUCACAAAUCUGAAACCAUCGUGUUUCGUCACUCUUCUCCCUCAGUUUUGGCGGAGGCUUGUAUAUGUAUUGACUUUUUUCUCAUUAUACACAGAUGUUCGUGUAGAGGGGGAAACGGAAAUUAUCGAGCAUUUGGGGCACUAAUGUUGUAGGUUUAUUUCUCUAUUACCAUUUUGUAUAUUACUUGGUUAUCGUCCCAACCAAGUUCCGAUAUUCUGUAAGAGGCAAUUAUUUGAUGAAGGGUGUCAUCCUUCCUCUGUAACAUCGAUGUUCAGAUUUAGACUUUUUGGCCCUUCCAUGAGGUUUACUUCAGUGCCAUGAGUCGAAAAAUCAGUCCCAGAGUUCUGAUACCAUUUAAGGGAACCAUGGCUCUAGCAAUCAUGCCACCGUGCAGCUCUCAUCGUGCAAACAGAAAGACUGUCACAGAAAAAGGAAGUAGGCUCCUUUCACCAUUCCAAGCACAAUCCUCUCUUUGAAGCAGCAGGGGUAUGAGACCAUGUGCUGCGCCUGCAGUUGCAAGAUUGUCCCCAAGGGCCCAAGGCUACAGACUUUAUCACUGAAAUCAUUCUCUUGUAGAUUGCGGGUGGAAAAGUUGCGGCUGGAGAAAUUGUUUAUCAGCUUCCCCAUAGUUUAUUCUGCAGCACUUGUAGGAUUUUUAUUUGUAUAUAUUUUAAUGCUCAGAACAUACAAAUUCACUCCAUCAUUAUGUGCUGAUUAUUUAAGAUUCGUGCGAGUCUCAAUUUCUGCGUGAUGCCAGGACUGUCAUCUGGUUAUUAAUUGCGGAUGAGAGACCUUAAACCUAA